AUGCUUGCAAAAUUAAAAAUUCAAAAGAGUAUUUGUCGAUUAUAUAUUGCAGCACCUAUAUUAUCAGAUGAUGAAUCUUCUGAUGAAUUAAUAUCUCCGACUUGGAUUAUCAAGUCUAGUAAUGUUGAGAAAGUAGCUCCUGGGUCUAAUAAUAUUAAGAAAAUAACUACUGAGUCCAGUAAUAAUAAAGAAGUGACUGCUAAAUCUAGCAAUUGGAGGAAUCAGAAUUUUGAAGAUAAAGAUUUAAUUAUGGAAGAAGAGCAACAGUGGGAAAAUACAAUUAAUGAAAGGAUCGAGCUUGGAGAACAAAAAAACCAAUCUGAAAACCAGGAUGAUGAAAUUUUGCUAGCAAGUGAUUGGAAUAUGAAUUUUG